CCGCAAAAGAUCGCGAGAAUGAUCUGAGGUAAGUUAGUUGUUUUUAGCUUUAGCCGGUUGGAAAGGCCCUACGAUGUUCCCAGCAUGCCCCGCGCGUUCGACGUCUGUUCUGUUCCGUUCCAGUUAGCCGCUCGCUAGCGUGAGACACCAGAAUGAUCAGCGCUCAGUCACCGGGCCUGAAUGAUACGAUCAAACCUUCUUGGCCCUGUAACAUAGAUGAAUACCGACAGCUGUCCGAGAGCGAUAAGCAGUGGUCCGCCAGGCGUCAAUUUAUAGUGAAGAACAUCAGCGAAUAUGAGGGAAAAGCUGCUGAUAAGCUGGUGGCCCUGUCGAUGGUGUGGGUUAACCAUGUGUUCCUGGGAUGCAGGUAUGACCCUCAGCUAAAGCAGAAGGUGCUCGAGAUGGCAGAAGGGAUUUCUGUUGGUGAAAUGCGCUCUUAUGAACUAGUCCCAAGUGCUGAAGCUAAAAAAAGACCACGUUCAUCUGAAGGAAGUGAGCGGCCCGUGACGAAGAUGUCUGUUUGCAGACCUCGAUUCGAGCCGGUACACUUUGUGAUCGGCGAGAGCAGCGGCAGUGGAAUAGCAGGAACUGACGAAAAAGAAAACGAGAAGGAAAGCAGGAAGAACGAAGAAUUGCAGAAAGAACCAGAUCAUCAGAUAUAUAACGGUAGCCGUGACACCGGCCCCUCCUCCUCCGUGGCUUCUUCAGAAAUAUUAAGGUAUGGAAAUGAGAGACAGGCUGACUCGCAAGCCAAUCGAUUUGAUGGAAACGAUGCAACCGGAAGGUCCGGAGCCUGGGAAAACAAACGCCGUGGUCUUGGCUUUGGCCAACCAGAAAGGCCGAGCUCAAGCAAGACUUUCACCGGAGUACAAAACGGACCGGGGAGGGGCGCCUCUGGUCUUCUCCCUACACCCUCGCUGCCGACUCCUAUCCUCACACCGACUAUGCAAGAAAAACAGAGACUAAUUUUCAGUGUAUCAAGAGCCAUUGCGGUCACUCUCAGAGAUCCCCCAUUCACCGGUGGACCUGAGACGCCGAUAUACAAUUUCAUACUUAGCCGCAGCAUUCAGGCUUGUAAAACGAAUCCUGAAUAUAUCUAUGUAAAUCUAAAAGAUAUUCCGCCCUCCGACUUGCCCAAGAACAGGAAAGUGCCAUCUGAAGGAUACGCAUGUGAGCUGAGGUGUCAGGGCGUGUACCUGGCCACGGGUUACUCGGGAAGCAAAAACGGUGCCAGAGACCGUGCGUCCGAACAGGCUGUCAAACUCUUAAUGAGGCCGGUGGAAGUUCGUAUCGUGCAAAGACAAUAUAAGCGUAAGAAUGUCAAUGAUAUGGUGGUGUGUCAGGUUUCCAUUCCGAACCCAAUCCUCCCUCCAACUCUUCGCAACCCAGAGGACAAAGUGCCCCCCAGCACCAAAGGCCAGUAUGAGCCUGACAGAAGCAAACAUUGGACUCAAUUCGUUCUCAUGGAAAACGCGCACGAUGCCAUCUGUAUGCUUAAUAACUCGGCUGCUUUUAACCGUAUGAAAAUCGAUUAUACCUUUAACCCGAUUCCUAACAGAAAUUUAUGGUUGUGUAGUGUGUAUUUGCAGGAUGAGCUGCUCGCACAAGCCAGUGGAACUAAGAAGACCUCGAAACAUUCAGCAGCAGAGGAAGCGGUCAGGGUAUUGCGAAUGCACCAGGCUGCUCACCAGCAACAGCAGCAGCAUCUGUUUGGAGAAAACCACAGUUCAGAGCAGUCCGGCAGUCGCUUUACCCAGCACGAUGGCAAAAAAACACAACUCGGCCAACUGGUUAUCCUUGAAAACUCAGACAAUGCCAUUUGCAUUAUAAAUGACACCGCACAAUUCAACAAAGUGUUGGCUGACUACAAAUUUACAGUUUUACCAGAUCACAACUGGAGGUGUGAGGUUUACCUGGAUGGUCAGUUUGUGGCCGCAGGCAUCGGGCCCAAAAAGACUGUGAAGCACGUUGCGGCAGAGGAGGCGCUCGCCACGCUUCGACGAACGCAGGCGGUGGUGAAAUCCAACCUGAGAAUGGAGGGUCACGCAGAUGCAAUUUCACGAAAUCAAAUCAUAGCUCACUCCGGAGAGGAAUCCACGCGACAGGAAAUCAAGGAAGACAACAUUGGUAAUCAGCUGCUCCGUAAGAUGGGCUGGACAGGUGGAGGUUUGGGGAGAGAUGGGGAGGGCAUCGCCGUACCUAUCAAGGUGAAAGAGCAGUUUACCAGGGAAGGCCUUGGCAUGGAUAUGAACAGGCCCGGGAAACAGCUGUAUAAGCGUGACAUUGACGAAAUCAUUCGGAAUUACGCCUGUUCGGACCGCCAGGACGAUCUGCGCUUUUCCAAUGAGCUCAAUAAUGACGAGCGCAAACAGAUCCACCAGAUUUCUCAGAGGUACGGCCUGCGUAGCAAAUCUUACGGACAGGGCAGACAAAGGUUUCUUAUGGUGAGCCGCAGAGUUCAGAAGGACCAGCUGAUUGGUCAGCUUUUGCAGGACGGCCAAGUAGGACGAUAUGAAUUGGUGAAACCUCAGUCCUUUCAAUGACUGAACUCACUUAAUGGGCCUCAAAGAGUGUAUAGCAUAUUUUUAAAGUAAGAUACCUGUAAGUUUGUUUAUAAUGUUCUUUCUAUUCCUCAGUUUCUUUAUUUACUAAACUUGGUCAAAUCUUGUGUCAUGUUAUUGAUAUUUAUUGACUGAUAUUAGUACAGACCUGCCAGCGUGUGUUCUCAGAAGUUGCAUUCCAUUUUCUCCAUUUUAUUAUAUUUUCACAAUGAACAAUACAGAACUGACUCAUGUUGCAAGAUAACAAUACUGAAUAUAUAAAUAUAUUGAAUUACAGAACGCUACCUAUUUUGUCCUUUUUAGAUUGUUGACAGUUCAAUUUAAAAUGGGUCUUCAAAGUUUCUGCUUCCCGUUUGACAAAUGCCUGUUGCAGCAGUAAUCACUUGCUGUAUAAGUUAGUUGCUGUUGUGAACCAGUCUUGUUUGUUCUGAACCACAUUAAAUGAAGACAUGGUUCAUUGCCAUGUAAAUCUUGAUA